AUGUGGGCUGAAGAUAACUUGGGUCCAGGUGCUCCACCAUGCCUUGAGAGUUACAGAGAACCAGCAGACAGUAACAUCUAUAUAAUGUAUCAUGGCACAUCCAGGGAGGCUGCUGCAAGAAUUAAAUGGGAGGGUUUUCGUCAGUCUUCUGAUGGCAUGUUUGGGCCUGGUGUCUACCUCAGCCGAGAUCUACAGAAGGCCUCCAGAUAUCCUUUAAAUCUACCUGAGAAUCAGAGAGUGAUUGUGAGAGUAAAGGUCAAUGUUGGGAGAGUGAAGAAGAUUGAUUAUCAAGGUCAUCCAAUGCAGAAAACCUGGCACGAUCAAGGGUACGACACUGCCUGGUGCCCUCCAAACUGUGGCAUGGUGUCAAGUGGUCUUGAAGAAGACUGUGUUUGGGAUCCAAGACGAAUCACUGUCAUUGAUGUAAUUUUUCCAAACAUGUGGGCUGAAGACGACUUGGGUCCAGAAGCUCUGCCAUGUCUUGAGAGUUACAGAGAACCAGCUGAUGGUCAAGUCUACAGAAUGUAUCAUGGCACAUCCAGGGGAGCUGCUGAAAAUAUUAAACGGGAGGGUUUUCGUCAGUCUUCUGAUGGCAUGUUUGGACCUGGUGUCUACCUCAGCCGAGAUCUACAGAAGGCCUCCAGAUACCCUCUGCAUCUACCUGAGAACCAGAGAGUGGUUUUGAGAGUGAAGGUCAAUGUUGGGAGAGUAAAGAAGAUUGACUCUCAAGGUCAUCCAAUGCAGAAAACCUGGCAUAAUUACGGGUACGACACUGCCUGGUGCCCUCCAAACUGUGGCAUGGUGUCAAGUGGUCUUGAAGAAGACUGUGUCUGGGAUCCAAGGCGAAUCACUGUCAUUGGUGAAAUGCACCCAAAGCAAUGA